AUGCACUACCUGGGAGAAGGCGCUUUUGGUAAAGUUGUGAGAGCAUACUCAACUCACAUGAAAAAAUGAAUUGCCAUAAAGAUCAUUGACAAAAAUUUUGUUCUAGUUGCAGGGAAAAGUUCCUGUCCUGUGAAAAAAAAAAUCAUUCGGUCUCUUAACCAUUCCAACAUUAUCACGACUUAUGACAUCUUUGAAUUACGGCUGGGAACGGUCUACGUAGUGAUGGAACUCUGUGAGAACAGAGACCUGUUAAACUACAUUUCUGUGAGAGGGGCCUUAAAGGAAUCUUCCAGCUGCAGGCUUUUCAAACAGUUAUGUAAGGCCCUCCAGUAUCUUCAUAACAUGGACGUGGGUCACAGAGACCUUAAAUGUGAAAAUCUGCUGCUGGACAAGCAUAGCAACCUCAAAGUGUGUGACUUUGAGUUCAGCAAGAGGCUAUCUUAUGUAGAUGGUCAGAUGGCGCUGAGUGAAACCUACUGUGGCACUUCAUCGUAUGCAGCACCAGAGAUUUUAAAGAAUUUUCCCUACAACCCCAAAGUGUCUAAUGUGUGGAGCAUGGGUGUUGUACUAUAUAUGAUGCUCUGUGCAUCUGUACCCUUCAAUGACUCCAACAUUACGAGGAUGGUGAAAAAACAAAUGGAGCAUCGCAUUAACUUUCCAAAAAUUCCACCUGUGUCAUUUGAAGCAAAGGACCUCAUCCACGGCAUUCUGCACCCUGUUGUGGAGCAGCGCAUUACAAUUGGAGAAAUAUUAGAGAAUUCAUGGAUACUGAAGGAAGGGAAAAUGGAGGACAGUAAUGAGGCCUCCGCAUCAAAUGCAGGCUUCAGACAGAAAGUAUCUCUAGAAGAAAAGACCAAAGAGGAUGAACAACUUUCAAUAAGUAGUUCAGAUGCAGAGGAAGGACCAUCAACUGUUGACCAACGAUGAUAAUCUUGAUAAUAAAUACACAUUCCUUCAAAUGGCAUCCAGCUGCAGUGUUUAAGAUUCCACUAAUAUAUGGCAACUUAUACAGUGUUUGCCAAGUUUUUUCUGCUGGCAAACCUAAUCCGAAAAAAGUAAAGUACUACUACUACUACCACUAACAGUAGAGAUAUAUUUACCUACAUAUAUUAAAAGGUCAUUUUCUGCAUUUUGAAAGUGUCAAUGCACUACAAAACAUUAUUUUCAAUUUUAAAGCUGAGAGUGAUGUAAAACAGUAAUGUCAUACUCUCCAGGAGCAGUCCUUCUCUUUUCUGAAAUUUAGUGUAGGAAGCUUCAUGUGUCACUCAGAUCAACUUCUAGGGAGUGUUUCUGGAUAACUCCAGACUCUCGGUAAGAUUAGCUUAUUGAAUGAUUCUUUUGAAAGAAACAAAAUACUUUUGAGACUUUGUGUGGAUGAGGAGGACAAUACAAGGUAUCCUUGCAAUGUUGUGAUGGGGAACAUGCAGCUUCGCAACAGUCAUGAUUGUGGCAGGCAAGAGAUUUCUGCAGUGAUGACUUAGACUUUAAUCGUAUGAUUGUUAAGGCUCCUCACAAACAUAGUGCCCACAACAUUCGUGGUGAGUGAAAGUUGAUUAAAACUUACUAGAGCACAAUUGUAUCUCCCCCUGGCUGCAUACCAUCUACUUGGUCUUAACCAGUUCCAAUGUGAAUGGACAAAAAACACAGCCCACGUUCUUUGCAAAAUGUGGCAUCUAUUACAGGCAGGACGUUUCACUUACAUCUACCAAAUUUGGUAGGCAUAUGUAGCACAUCAAGGAUCACAAAGAAGCCGGUGACACCCAUACCCUAAACCAGGCAUGGGCAAACUACGGCCCCCGGGCCACAUACGGCCCUUUGGGCUUUUCAAUCCAGCCCACGAAAUAAUUUGGUCAAUAUUAGAAUUGACGAAAUUACAGUAAAGACCACAUUCAUUUGGCCUUCUCCUUGCAGUACCCGGCGUUUAUGUUGACCCCACUAGAUGGCGCACUCCAGACACAAGUGACCUUUGUUGGUUUAUUCUCUCUUCUUCUUCCACUUUGCAACUGCAUUGAGCUGCUGUACCAAGGAGUGGAUAAAAGAAAAGUCGGUAGUGAGUGUCGAGUGUUUCAGGAGUGGACUGCUAAAUAUUUUUUCGCUAAAGUCCGUUCAAAGGCUGUAUGUCUUAUUUGCAAUGAAACCGUUGCGGCUUUUAAAGAAUACAAUAUCAGCCGACACUUUUCCACGAAGCAUGCUAACUACGCUAGCAA